GCCUUGCAGCCACCAAGAACAAAAGCAGGCAACAUAAAGAAGGAAAGCGAAUUUCCAGGAGGAACAGGGAUACACUGCGCAAAGAAAUUGAAAAACUAAAAAAAUCGCUAGAGAAGGAAAGAAAACGCACUGACAAAUACAGAAAAAGAUAUAAGCGCUUAAAGAAGAAUGACUCUCCUCAUUCAAAAAUAAAAGAAUUAACUAAGACAGGCAGAGUUAGCUCCAAAAUAAAAAAAACACUACUCUUUCAUGAAGCUUUGAUUGAAGACAUUAAGAAUAAGUACUGUAAAGCAAGAAAAGAAAAAGAAAAACAACUAAUAGCAAAGGUAACAGCGGGGAAGAUUGUGAAGAAGUACAGGCUACAAGGAUUUGCCGAAAAUGCCCUUGGAUUUUCAAAGAAGCGUCGCAGUGUUCAGAGUGAAGACCUCUGUUCCACCAAAAGAAAUCCCACAAACAGGUUCACUGCUGCUUUCAAGUCCAAAGUCAAAUCCUUCUUCACCCGAGAUGACAACAGUCGGAUAACGACUGGAAGAAAACAAACAAUUACCAAGAACAAGUUGAAGAAGCAGAAAAGGUUUCUGGUUGACACAAUGAAAAAUCUUCACAAAAAAUUUCUCACUGAAAACACAAACAACAUAUCAUACUCCCUUUUUUGUAAGCUUCGCCCUUUUUGGGUUGUACAUCCCAAUCUCUCUGAACGGAACACAUGUCUGUGCAAGAUCCAUGAAAAUCUCAGAUUUGUUGUUGAGAAGUUGCAUAAUUUGAGGCUCAUAGAUACUUCGGAUCUCGAGAGUUUGACUAAAAUGAUAACCUGCGACACCUCCAGGAAAAUGUGCAUGUAUGAUGAGUGUGAGGAAUGCAAAGGCAAGACUGUUCAGCUCUCCAGAUUUGAUGGCUCAGCAAAGGUUGCAUUCACUCAAUGGGCCACAGCAGAGAAACCAAGGGAAGAUGUGAGGGAGGGUCCUACCACUGUCAAGAUCACAGUGAAGAAAACAAUGGAGGACACACAAGACAAUCUUGUGGAGUUAUUCCACAAUCUUCUUCAUAAAUUCAAAAGACACACAUUCAACAUAAAUCAACAGUACUCCUACUGCAGAGAGUUGAAAAAGAACCUGUCAAAAGAGGAGGCAGUGAUCCACAUCGACUUCUCUGAAAACUACACAUGCAAAUACAGCUCAGAGGUUCAAGCUGUCCACUUUGGUUCCUCACACCUACAAGCUACUCUGCACACUGGUGUUUUGUACAUAGGUGGUGAAAAAGAGCCCAUCUGUUUUAGCACAGUGUCACCCUCCAAACACAAAAGCCCCCCAGCUAUAUGGGAACACAUGAAUCCAGUGCUGAAUUAUCUACAAGCCACAUACCCACAUGUAUCUGUUCUACACUUUCUGAGUGAUGGACCGUGUACCCAAUACAAACAGAAAGGAAAUUUCUACCUUUUCAGCACAGAGCUCGCAAGACGAGGUCUGAAAGGGGGAACAUGGAACUUUUUUGAGGCAAGCCAUGGCAAGGGGGCCCCUGACGGUGUUGGGGGAACCUUGAAAAGAACAGCGGACAAGCUGGUGACCAACGGCCGUGACAUACCCAAUGCCCAUGAGCUAUAUAAGGCCCUCACAGAAACAUCUACAACUGUUAAGUUGUUUUAUGUAGCAUCCGAAGCAGUGGAGCAGGCAAUGGAAAGGAUGCCAGGCCAGAUUCCACCAGUGCCAUCCACAAUGAAAACCCACCAAGUGGUCACAUUCACUCCAGGAGAAAUCCUUUACCGGGAAGUUAGUUGCAUGUGCUCCACGCAAAAGCAGCUGAGAUGUCAGUGCUUCAACACACAGCAUUUCACUUUUAACAAGACAGCCCAAAAGGUGCCAACAGAAGCAAUUGAUUGGGAAAGUGGAAAUCUAAUUGGAAAGUGGUGUGUGAUUAAAUAUGACAACGACCUUUAUCCUGGGAUCAUCAUGGAUACAGAUGAAACACAUGCCCUUGUAAAAUGUAUGCACUGUGUUGGGGCCAACAGGUUCUUCUGGCCUCCAAGAGAUGACUUCCUGUGGUAUCUCUUUGAUGAUGUGCUCGAAAUCAUUCAAGCACCACAGCCUGUGACAUCCCGCCACAUGGAAAUCCAGAAGGGUGUGUGGAUGCGACUCUCCCAGUCACUGUUAUGAUGCUCAUUUCAGUUUUUCAGAGCAUGAGCAAGUUUUCCAUUACAUCUCCUAUUUUAAUGUCUCCCCUCCCCCAGUUUAAAAUCAGCUGUUCAUAUAGAGAAACACUUUGUCCAUACCACCCCGUCACAGUGAACCACCCUGUCACAUCACUUACUACCCCGUCACAGGGUCAUUUUGUUAAAAGUUUAUAGAAAGAAAAUGAAAUGUUACAUAAAUUAAUGUUGAAUGAUGUUCUUAUUGUGUGGACUAAUGAAAUAAAUGCAACUUUAUUUGUAUUUUUUAAGUGAAUUUGUUUUUUCACUACAAAAAGUGAGGCCAUUGAAAGUCAAAUUCAUUUUUCAAGAUUAAAAAUCUAAGAAUAAAAAAAAAUAAUUAAAUUACAGACUCUCUAUUGAUCUUUUCCACAAAAGGGACAUUUUACUAUUAGGAAAACAUAAAUUUUUUAAAAUCUAUUUCUUGUUUUACUACUCUAAUGGCAUACAUAUUGUCCGUAAUGGGGUGGUACAAGAAAGGCGCUCUUGCCUGAAGAAAAACUAUAAUAUUAAUAAGGAGUUUGUGCCUGAGGUGGGAAAAUAUGUUUUUUGAAGGGUUAACAUGUCUUUCAAGUUGUAGUCUUUUUUAAAGAAAGUUUGUUCUUAAUGAAAAUUUUGAAAAUUGCAAAGUUGAAAUGGCACCCGUUUCGUAUAAU